AGUAUUCAAUUAGCCAGGUAGGCCUGGAACCCUAUGCCACAUAUUCAUAGGGCCUUGACACCUUGCUCAUGAUCAUAUGUGGAGAGGAAAUCCCAAUUCCUUGAUAAUAAUAUGUCGAUGACAAGAUGGCAACUUUAUGUUCUGGUGUUUGUUGCGACGAUUGCGAAUGUGUUCGCUUUCCAGCUGCGCAAUGAUGUCGAUGAUCUUUAUACAGCAGAGAUAGAAUAUCUCAAUGGAGCGCUUGAGCAACUCACUUUCAUGAAGCCAGCUAUUCCUGGCCAAGGCCCAGCAGUUAAAUCGAAGAGAUCUACGGCAAUUAUAGAAAGACCUGGAAACUCAGUGGAGACACAUGACUGUGGGAGUAUUUCGUCAGUGCCUGAUGACCUCCGCCUGCCGGCCAAUAUGUUUCCAUCAGGACUCGGUGACUUCUAUCAGAAAUACACUCACGCUUAUGGCAUUCCUAUUUUGGGCUCAGCAAAUGUUUCGGAUUCUGCCCUGAAGCGAGCAUGCUACAUGGUACGAUUCUUACUCGCCGACCGACCAGACCUUAGAGAAACCUUCUACAAAAUGUUUGGUAGAUUUGCGCUGAUGUCAACAGUCGAGAUGACCACUGAUAUUCCCGAGCACUCGCAUAUGGAUAAAGAUUUUUGGGACGCCAGGGCUCGGGGACUGGGAGCAACGAGAGAUCGGCCACUCUCGACAGGAGGCGAAGAGAACACUCUCUGUCUCAAACAAGACAGGUACCCUAAGGAAGAUAUCCCACUCCACGAGUUUGCCCAUGGAGUUCAUUUGAUCGCAGCCAAGUAUGCCAUUGAAGGGUUUGAAGACCGCCUCACUGCAUCGUAUCUCUCCGCGAAAUUAAAAGGCCUAUGGAAUAAUACUUAUGCAAUGACAAAUUUGAUGGAGUACUGGGCAGAGGCUGUGCAGAGUUAUUUUAAUGAUGACGACAUUUCAAUCAGCGGAAACGGCAUUCAUAACCACAUUCAUACCAGAAAAGGGCUCAAGAAUUAUGAUCCGGAUAUCUUUGCUCUUUGCCAAGAGAUUUGGCCAUGUGACAACACGUUUCUCCACAGGUGUCUAUCUUCAAGAGGGUUGGAGCAAGAACAACAGCUGAAAAUGAACUGUAAUGGCACAAAUAAUCCCAUCUUCUCCUACAGCGCUGAAUGCGCAGAUACGAAUUUCCACUGUCCAAGCUGGGCCGGCAUGGGUGGAUGUGUGAGGAAUCCACGUUAUAUGCUCCCGUACUGUCCAAGGAGUUGUAGAGUGUGUACGACUAAUUAUGAAGGCAAAGCUAAUCAAAAUAACCAGUCUCGGGUAGUCCAGAUGUCUACGUGUGACGACAUCGCAAGCGAGUGUGCAUGGCAGAUGUGCGGGAAAGACGUUGGCUACAGUGCGGAGAACUGUCGAUCUACGUGUGUUAACUGUGAUUACUACCUGGACCUCUUCAACAGGACAGACCCAUGGUUAGUUGAGUCAGCAACAACUGCCACCCUAUCUUUCUCGCUACCUUCGACAGGCAAUUCAAACGUGAUUUCCGCAUUGUUAAUGGUUGUGCAGUGCCUGUUUAUGUCAAAGUUUGUUUUAUAAGCAAGCAGCAUCCAGUGAUUUUAACGGGAUCGAUCACUGUAUAGCGUCUUCCGUGUUUACUCAUGGACCAGGAGAAACAAAUUUGAAAAACGAAGAGGAUAAAUUUCCCCAAACGUAUCGGAAAGAAAGUGAUCGCCCGACAUCAACUGGGUUCUAUAGCCUAGUCGUAUUUCCACAGGUUAUAAAAGUAAGAAGCUGAAUUUGUCUUCUAACGUCCGGAUCCUUUAUUCUAACACUGCUUCACAAAAUUAUACACACCAAAGUCAUAAUUGAUAAAAUAGUUCGUCGGGAUGACGA